AUGUCGAGCGAUCCAAUCGGACCUACCGAGGGUCCUGGCAACCCGGUCGAAAAAGCCGUCGAGAACCAACAAGAAGCUGGCAACCAAGGAAAAGGUCGGACAAGCGAGGCCGCCGCUGUUGAGAAGACCGUUGCGCCUGCGACUGUUGUCGGCAAAAGCCCCGUCGUCGAGAACAUUGAUGAGGAUGGCGACCUUGUCCUCCAUAUCGGCCCUACUUCAAACCUGAGGGCAUUCAAAAUCGACUCCUCUACUCUUCGCCGCACCUCUGAAGUCUUCCGAGCGUGGAUUUGCCGCUGGAGGACCGACAAACCGAGCGAUUCACAAUGGGUAUUCGACCUGCCGGAGGACGACCCCGCCAGUCUCAAAACCAUCCUCCAUAUUGUCCACGGACAGUUUGACCAAGCCACAAAGACCAUGGCGGAGAGCGACGGCAGUAUGCUAUACGAGCUGCUGGUGCUUUGCGACAAAUAUAACAUGGCCUACAUGAUCAAGCCCUGGGCUAAUGCAUGGCUCAAUCACACCAUCAAGGACACGCAAGAUAAGCCCAGCUACUGGAAGCUUGCAUUCAUUGCUUGGGAAUUAGGACGUUAUGAUCUAUUCACCGAGAGCUGUCAAAAUAUCAUCCUUACGUCCCAGGCUUCCCAUGAUGGAAGCGGACUAGUGGCCUAUGAAUGCCAGUUGGGUGAUUGCCGCCUUGGCCCUCUCAAGAUGGAAGAGAGAUUCGAACCGAUCAGAUACGCGAUUAUUCAAGCUCUACUCGACUUCUACCACACUGAGGUCAAGGAUCGUCUGCUUGGGAAGGUCCCUACCCACAGUCCCGUUCAACCUACUGCAUCUCGCUCUGUGGGGAGAUCACCAACCCUGUCAUUCGGCAACACUCGCCAAACCUCAUCUCGUUCCCCAAUGACCAACACCGCGUGCAAUCAGAUUGUUCUGGGGGGCAUCAUCCAGGCCACCGUGACGCUACUACGGGGCUCAACCAAAACCGAGAAUAUGGACGCUGGAAUCUUGGUCCUUCUUCCCACUGAGGCAUCUGAGCUCAAGGAUAGCCCUGCCAAGCUCAUUGGACAGAUGAUUACUAUCUUCCAAGCCGUUCAGCCAUUGGGAUCUGGUCACGAGAUCUGCCAUCCUGCAGCCAGGUUUCUGUCUUUUCAGAAAACCAUCAAGGAGUUCACGGCAGAGUGUAAUAAAGGAUGGGAGGGUCUGCUGUUGACUCCAGCGGAUAAAGGCAGACUGGCCAAGAGAAGGUUGCUCUUUGGCUGAGACAUUGUUCUUCGUAGAUAGGCCUUGUUCUAUAUAGGUAGUUAAAACGCCUCUUGAUCGUCUUGUAAAGUCUCCCGGCUAUCUCUAAAAGCCGAUCAGCU